CGACAUCUAGAAAAAUGAGAGCAUAAUCUCCAACAUAGAAGUUUAUUCCUACACCAACCAUUACAACAACCAGAUUAGUAAGUUCUCCACACUCAAAUAUAAGAGAUCAAAGAGCUGAUUCAUCAGUAAAUAGUAGAGUCACAAAAAUAACAACAUAUGCAACUAGACCAAAGACAACAAUAACUACAACAACUACCUUUAGACCAGUUAUAGAAACAAGGACAGUAAGACUUUGUACAGACAAGAGGUGUUAAGGGCAUGAAUAACAUAUAGAACAAUUAACAUAAGAGAACUAGUAAUUACAUUAAAGAAUUUUUGAACUUUAAUAAGAAAUAGAACAAACCUCUAUUUGUUAAAGACAACAUACUAACACAUAUUCUAAUGAGAUAGACAAUAUUAAAAAAUUAUACGAAGAAUCAUAAAUAAAUCAUUAAUCUGAAAUUGAAUAUCUUACUUAAGAAAUAAAUCAAUACAAAACUUAAUUCUAACAUUCUGAUGAUUAAGUAAAAUAUUUGACUUAACAAAUGAAAAAAUAAACUAUUAAUGAAAACUUAGAAAAUAAAAUUACUUUACUUACUACUGAAAUGGAACGUUUAAAUGUGAUUAUUGUCGAUAAAAAUAAUUUUGUUGAGCAACUCACUCAAAAAAUAAAUGAAUUAGACUCUGAAUUGAUUAAUAAAGAAAAUAUCAUAGAAAAUUUAGAAAAUAAUUCUUCAAAAUUGAGAAAGUAAUAUUAAGAAGCUUGUAAUUAAGUUGUUCUUAUAAGAUCAGAGUUAGAUCGAUAAUUGGAGACGAUAUAAUAAUAGGAAAGAAAUAUUUUCUUAUUGAAUUAAGAUAAAUAAGCUAUUGAACAAUAUACUUUUCUUUUUGAAUAAAAAGAACAAUAAUUAUAGUAAUUGCGAGGCAAUAUUUAAUUAUUAGAAAUGAGAUUGUAAGAACAAUAAACAACAAUUUAGGCAUAAUAUAAAGAAAUUGACAAUCUUAUGCUUAGAUUGGAUUCUUCCAACUAAUAAAUUGAUUAUUAUUAAACUGAAUCUGAAGAGCUUCAAAAAUAUAGAUCUGUCUUAUAAAAUGAAUUAGAAGUUUCUAAAUAAGAAAAUACUAAGUUAUAAGAAUAAAUUAUCAAAUUAAAAUAAUAAUCAACUGACUUAAAUAAAACAAUAGAUAAGUUAAAAUCUGAUCUUAAUUAACAAUUGAGUUCAAUUUAAUAAGACUAUAACUUUGAGCUUUAAUCAAAAAAUGAUGAGAUGGAAUAAAAUAAAUCCUAAUAUCAAUAAGAAUUAACAAUCAUUUCUAAAAAAUUUUAAGAAGAAAUCUAUUAGUUAAGAAUUAAUAAUGAAGAUUUAUAAAAUGAGUUAAAUUAAUUAAAUAAUAUUAAUUAGAUUUUAUAGACCACCCUUGAUGAAAAAAUUAAUGAGAUUUCUACUUUGAAGAAUUAAUAUACAUCAUUAUACAGCGAAUAUAAUACUUAUAAAUUGAAACUUUAGGAAGAAAAUCAUAAAUUAAAAUUAGAAGUAGAAGAUGCUUUAAUUACAACUAACUAGUUAUAAUAAAAAAAAGGUUAACUAGAAUAAUCGAAUACAGAAUUGAACCUUAUUAUUAAUUCUUUAUAACAAUAAAUUACUUAAUAAUAAAAUGAAUUAAAUUCAUUUAAAUAUAAGUCUGGUGAAGAAUACUCAAAUUUAAGAAUCUAAGUUGAAUAACUUGAUUAACAAAACAUUUAAUUAUAAACUAUAAGAGCAAGAUUAUAAAAAGAUUAUGAUGAAAAAUUAAAUGAGCUUAAAGAAUUGUAAGAUAAGUAUAAUUUAUAUAAAUAAACAACUUAAUAAACAAUAAAAGAUUUAGAGAAAAAAAUAUAUGAAUAUGAAGAAAAAUUAUCUUUGUUAUCUUCAGAAAUUUAAAGAAUGUUAUUUUAAAUAAAUUAAAAGAAUGAUUUGAUUUAAGAAUAAAGUACAGUAUUUGACGAAAACUAAAGAGAAAUUUAAUUAUUAAAAGCUUAAUUAUAAGAACUUUAAUUAUAAGGUGAAGAGAAAGAGAGAAAAUUGGAAUAGUAAAUGAAUGAAGCUUUGAAUUCUUAAAGAGAGAAAUUGUUUAGAUUUGAGAGUGAGAAUUUAUCUUUUAAGAGUUUUAUAGAAGAAUAAAAUCAUGUCAUAGAAACAUUGUCAAAAUAAAUUGAUGGUAUGACUGGAGACUUGAAAUAUUAAUAAUAAUUAGAUGAAGAGUUAUCAAAAAAAAAUUCAUUCCUCACAAAAUAAUUGACAGAAUUACAAUCAGAAAAUGCUGAAAAUUAAUUUAAGGUUGAUCAUUUAUUAGUUGAGAACAAAGCUCUUAAAUAGGAACUUGAAAUUAGAAUAGAUACAGAAUCUGAGCUUAAAUUUAAAUUAGAUAAACUAAUUGAGGAAUUAGCAAAAAAGUAAUAAUAAAUUAAUGAAUUUGAAUAAAGAAUUAGAGAAUAUGAAUCAAAUCAAUAAAAUGAGGUAGUUUAAUUUGAAGAAAAAAUAACUUAUUAUUAAAAUGAAGUCGAAACUUGGAAAAAGAAAUUUAUAAUAUUAAAUAAAGAUUAUCAUAAAACAUAAGAAGAUUUGAUGAUGAUUUAAGCCGAAUUUGAUGCAUUUAAGUAAAGAGGAAAUGCCACAGUAGUUAAGGUAAUUAUAUUUUUUAUUUUUAGGAAUCUACAAGCUUUGAGGUUCGCAAGUCAUCAUUAUAUAAAGAAAAUAUUACAAACACUAAGUCAAGUUAAGUCAGUUAAUCUAGUCAACUAAUUGUUAGACCAUUGUAAGAAGUUAAUAUUUGAA